GGUAUAAAAUAUCAUUAGUGGUAGUUCCGGAGAACACUUGUUGGCGCACAGCAGGCAUCGUUAGGGGGCUAAUUCCCUCAGCUUGAGUUAUUAAUUUUGUUAUUUCGUUGCAAUCAAAGUCAAGUGGUAGCACAGUCAAGUGGUAGUAGUCAUAACGACAAGUUAUUGCGUAAUUUUUCGGCUUCACUUCAGUGUUAAUUGACAUAUAAACCUUGGAGAAUGUCAUUGAUAAAAUUGCUUUUCCUAUUCACGUUAAUAUUACUUAUUCAUAAUGAAAACACAAGUGCAUUGAAAAUCCUUGCGAUUUUUCCAUUCGCUGGCAAGAGCCAUUUUAUCGGAGGCGAGCAUCUGCUCAAGAAAUUGACACGCAGGGGUCACAGUGUUGACGUGGUCUCCCAUUUUCCUCAGAAAGACGCGAUACCGAAUUAUCGUGACAUCAGUAUCCGAGGCUCGUCUCCCAUUAUUGCGAAUAAUGUGACAUUUGACAAUUUUUCGAAAUUUAAUUCUGUCCAGCACAAGAAUUUUGUGGAAGCCGCGGGGACUGAUGUGUGUGAUUUACUGGGUUUUCAUGUUCUUCAGGAGCUGAUGGAGACACCCAAGGGGACUUAUGACGUUAUCAUUGUUGAAUUCUUUGCUGCUCAUUGUUACAUCGCAUUCGGUCAGAAGCUGAAUGCUCCUGUAGUGGGAUUCGGAACGUCCAAAUUGCAGGAUUGGUUAUUCGGCCAUUUUGGGAAUCCCCUUAAUCCGUCGUAUAUGCCGAGUUACUUUUCAACGUUCGCUCAACGGAUGACAUUUUGGGAGAGAUUGCAGAAUACGUUGCUGAUUAGUAGUGUUUGUAUUCAAUUUGAUCAUUACUUGAAGACCCAGAUUUCUCAGGUAGAGAAACAUUUUGGCAGGAGAAUUUCAUCGAUCGAUGAAUUAUUUAAUGAUGUAUCCUUAGUUCUCGUUAACGAGCACUUCAGUACGAAUGAUAUCAAGCCGGCGACGCCAGACAUUAUCGAUGUCGGUGGACUACAUAUAUAUGAUAAUACUCAGCGAUUGGCGCCUGAGGUACAAAAUUGGUUGGAUGAGAGUAUCGAGGGCUGCGUAUAUUUUACAUUCGGCUCCACCGUGAAUAUCGAAUCCUUUCCCAAGGAUUUAUUAAAAGCAUUCUAUCAGUCUUUCGAGAAGAUUGCACCAGUACGAGUGCUGAUGAGAGGUGAUCCCAAAGCUCAUCUCAAAGAUUUGCCGGAAAAUGUCAUGAUAUUACCGUGGAUUUCACAGAUAGCUGUACUGAAACAUAAGAACGUCAAGGCAUUCAUAACUCACGGCGGCCUCCUGGGAACUCAGGAAGCUAUCGCUCACAAAGUUCCAAUGAUCGGUAUUCCUUUUUUUGGUGAUCAACAUACGAAUAUGCGAAACUACGAAAACCGAGGAAUCGCCGUGAUUCUGGACGUGAAAACCCUCAACGAGAAUUCCCUCACUAAUGCGAUUAAUACUGUCCUGAAGGAUCCAACUUAUAGGAAAAAUAUUGCGAAAAUGUCGGCCCUCUUCUGGGAUCGCCCGAUGAGUCCUGUGGACACGGCCAUUUACUGGAUUGAAUACGCAGCGAGACAUGGGCCAGUCUUGAAAUCACCAGCGACUGAGUUAUCCUGGUGGAAACUCUACUUGUUGGAUGUUUAUGGUUUCAUGUUAAUGUGUAUUCUCGCAAUUAUCUUCACAAUCAUCAAACUGAUCACACUGCUGUGCAGGUGCGCUAGUGGAACUCGUCCGAAAAAUAAGGUCUCGAGAGCCAAUAAAAACAAAUGAGUAAUUUUCAUGUCGGCAGUGUAAAUUUUCAAUUCACAUGAGAAUGAAUAAAACAUAUCAAAUAAUGUGUGAA